GUGGCGGGCGGGUCGUCACCGCUACUGCCACUCACUUUUUUGUUUCUUUAAAUUGUUUUUCUUUUGACAUGACCCUAAUGGACAAGAAACUCUUACAAAGAAUGCCAUCAUCACUAUCAUCAUCGUCAUCAUGCCCGUCACUCCACGAGUCGGAGGACGAGCUGAAACACAUGCCAUUGGCACCGCCGCGCCAAAAGAACAAGAAGCAUUUGUCGAAGCAACUUUCAAUGUGCGAGACACCAAGGGACCUCGCAUGGGAGAAGCGACGACGACAAAUGCUCCGCCCAAGGAACGCGUCAACCGAUAGAGAUGACUUGACUGAUGAGGAUUGGAAUGAGCUCAAAGGUUGUAUUGAGCUAGGGUUUGCAUUCAAAGAGGAAGAUGGUCACAAACUAUGUGGUACAUUACCAGCCCUUGACCUUUACUUCGCCGUUAACCGACAGCUUUCUCCGAGCCCAGUGUCUACACCCCAUAGCAGCACCUCGUCGUCAUCUCUCGGCGCAAGGUCUUCAUCGUUCGAGAGCCCCAAAAGUGAGUCUGAGACAUGGAAGGUUUGCAGUCCAGGGGAAGAUCCAAAGCAAGUGAAGGCAAAAUUGAGACAUUGGGCACAAGCUGUGGCAUGUUCGGUGAUGCAAUCAUUGGGAGAACAUAAAGGGAAAUUUUGAGGAAAGAUAUUGUACAGAGCAGAGGAGU